AAAAAGCCCCAAUAUCGGCACUGUCCCUAUCAAAUCGGGACAGCUGGUCAGCCUAGCCGGGAGAGCCCCUAACCACUAGAGCACCAGGGUCCGGACAGGCUGCGGCCUCUCUGCACAAAGCGGACACACCAGCAGACGGAAGGGCUGUGCGCGACGGCUGGAGUGGAGACCGGCCGGAGUUCACCAGGCCAAACGCCCUGUGAGCUGACGGAGGAUGGAGUCUGAAAAGGGAGGCUGCGGACCAGAGAAGAAAAACACCAAGGCAGGCGCGACACCCUUGCCCGGCAAAGGAGCAGGGCACGGCCUAAGCGGGUAACAAUCAUUAAUCAAGAUGUCCUCAGCACCUGAGCCCCCAAACAUUAAAAAAGAAGCACCCAAAGAGAAAGACAGUCGAAUUCCAGGACUCAGGGGUGUCCGUACAACCACCCUGUUCCGAGCUGUGAAUCCAGAGCUGUUCAUUAAACCUAACAAACCUGUUAUGGCUUUUGGACUCAUAACAAUUACCCUGUGUGUGGCCUACAUUGGUUAUUUACAUGCAACGCAAGAGAAUAAAAAGGACCUCUAUGAAGCUGUUGACAGUGAAGGAGCCAGGUAUAUGAGGAGGAAGACUUCCAAGUGGGAUUAAAGAAGCUGCUUAAUAACAGAGAAAGAGAGAGGAGUAAUUGGCAAUGUAGGCAUCUGAAUUGUUAAUGUUAAAUUAGGUGUCUGCUAACUUUUCUAUGCAAUUCUUGGAAUGAUGUUUGUAAAAUUUAAUCCAAUUUCCAUUCCAUUUUACAAUGCCAUGCCUGUACCUACAAACUUUACAGAAGACAUACAAAGUAAUAAAGUGUUAAGAACA